GACAGAGCAGGAGUAUGGGGGCUAGCAGCGGCAACAGGGGGAGAAAACAGAGAAACGGAGCUCAGUGAGGAGUUUCUGACUGUUGUAGGAUGAAGAAGCAGCUCUGAGGUGAUUUCUAACGCUGUCACGAUGAUCCGGACUCUGAGCACGGCGUCGUUUAAAGCUGUCGGAGCAGCGAAGCCCAAAGUGCUAAAGGACAUAACCAGGAGACAGCUGCACAGCACCUAUGACGUGGCCGUGGUGGGGGCCGGUAUCGUGGGCUUGGCCACAGCCAGAGAGCUCAUCCUGCGACACCCGUCCCUCAGCUUCGUCCUGCUGGAGAAGGAGAGGGAGCUCGCUGUUCAUCAGAGCGGUCACAACAGUGGAGUCAUUCACAGCGGGAUCUACUACACGCCGGGCUCGCUGAAGGCUCGUCUGUGUGUCCGAGGAGCCACUUUAGCCUACGAGUACUGUGAUAAGAAAGGACUGCCUUACAAGAGAUGUGGAAAGCUUAUAGUCGCUGUAGAGCAGGAGGAGAUCCCCCGCCUAAAAGCUCUCUACGAACGCGGCCUGAAGAACAAGGUGCGAGACCUCAGCGUCGUCGACACCAAGGGGAUCAGAGAGCGAGAGCCAUACUGCAGGGGUAUAAUGGCCUUAGAUUCACCAUACACCGGCAUCGUGGACUGGAGGAUGGUGGCUCUCCAGUAUGGUAAAGACUUUGAGGAGGCUGGCGGCACGGUGGUCACUGAUUCUGAGGUCGAUGAUAUUUCCAUGGUGAAGGAGAGUCCAGCAGGGAGCAGUGAGGGAAUGAAAUAUCCGAUCUCCAUCAGAGACAAGAAGGGUAAUGAGGUGUGGUGUCGUUAUGUCCUCACCUGUGGAGGCCUGUACUCAGACAGACUGUCACAGAUAUCUGGGUGCAGUCCGGAGCCUCGGAUCGUCCCCUUCAGAGGAGAUUAUUUAGUCCUAAAACCAGAGAAACACUACCUGGUCAGAGGAAAUAUCUACCCUGUCCCAGACCCUCGUUUCCCCUUCCUCGGAGUUCACUUCACCCCUCGGAUGGAUGGUAGCGUGUGGCUCGGCCCGAACGCCGUCCUAGCCUUUAAAAGGGAAGGUUACAAAGUCUAUGACUUCAACGCCCGAGACUUUGCAGAUGCUCUCUCAUUCAGAGGCCUUCAGAAGCUGGUGAUGAGGAACAUGACAUACGGGAUAGGAGAAAUGUACAGAGGUGUUUUCAUUGGUGCACAGGUGAAAAUCCUGCAGAAGUACAUCCCUGAACUCUCGCUGAAUGACGUCCUCAGGGGUCCUGCAGGAGUUCGAGCUCAAGCCCUUGACCGGGAUGGAAACUUGGUGGAUGACUUUGUGUUUGACGGCGGGGUCGGAGACGUUGGCAGUCGGGUUCUUCAUGUGCGUAACGCUCCCUCGCCGGCUGCCACUUCCUCUUUAGCCAUCGCUGAAAUGGUUGCAGACGAGGUGGAGAAUCGCUUUGCGCUGUAGUGAAGCGUGCACGCUGUGGAUGGAUCCAGCUCACAGUGCUGUGUCAGGCUGUUACUACCUCAGCAUCACGCUCAUCUUUAAGGCAUUUUUUUUAACAGGUCAAGCCUUAAUUUAAGGGGAAGAAAUGUACUUAAAUCUUGUUUUACUGAGUUGUGCUGUUUCUGGUAGUUUUAUGUUUACUCCACCACAUUUGACUUAAAAAAAUCAUGAUUUCAUGACAAGCAGGUUUUCUGCUUAAAGAAAGUGCAUCAUGAGAUAUUUUAGGAGGAAAAGUUCAGCAAAGGAAAAUGCUUCAGUUAUAUUUGAGCGUUUGAGGCAUUCAGAUACGAGUGUACAUGGUUUUACUGUUUGAAUUUUAGCUUUUAUUUAGGGUUAGGGUUAGGUUAGGUUAGGGUUAGGGUUAGGGUUACCAGAGCUUUUAUUUGAAUUGAGGGGGUUUUGAGGUAGAGUAGGUUUUUACAUUUUUUUUUAUUCUUUUUUUUUUUUUUUUUUGAUGCGACAGACAAUGAGGGGGAUCUGUCUCCAUGUUUAAAUUUUGUAAAGCACUGCUAAAAGACUAUUUUUAAAAAGAUUAAAAAGUAAACUUGUACUUCAGAUAAUUAUAAAGGAGAAAGGUGGCCUCAAAAGUAAAGAAAUAUGCUAUAUUAGACGUUAAACAUCAGUAAACAAGUUUGGGAAAUUAAGGUGUAAUUUACUCUAAUAAAAGUUUUUAGCUGUAGCUGCAGAACGCACACUUAAACAGUGGUUUUCUUUCUUUUUAUAAUCAAAGAUUUAUUUUGGGGCUUUUUUGCCUUUAUUUGAGAGAGAUAGGAUAUUUCAUAGAAACAGAAUCAGGGAUGAGAAAGUGGGGAGUGCCAUGCAGUUAAAGAGCCACAGGCCGGACCUGAACCCAGCAGCCUGCGUACGUGAGACAGGACCUAACCAGAAAACCAUCUGUGCCCCCAAGUUUUUAGACUUAUUUUGACACUUAGGUUAUUUUGAGCUCCUAAAUGAUUUUGUCACAUUAAACAUUUUGCAGUUAAAUCCAAACUAAAUAUUCUCAUUUGGAAACCAGGGGUGUCCAAACUUUUUUUUCCCCCCCAGAGCAGAGCAGGCAUUGAUGACAGCAGAAUGACAAGUCUAAUGUAGCAUAUUGGAGGAGCUGGAGGGGAGAAGGGUUGCAAAACAGUUUACAGCAAAGAGUAGGCAGUCAAAGAAACUUAAAUAUGGCAGCAUGAGUGUAUUUAUCCAAUAGGAAGCUUGGCGUGAAUCAGCUGAUCUCACACACACCAGUUCAGUGAAGAAAGGUCACCAAAUGCUUGAUGUCAAAAUGUUUGUUUACAGAAUCAACACAGCAGCACUGCCAAGUUAGAAGUAUAACACAGUCAAGCACAAGCUUCGUGUGCUGAUGCCAGCCAUUUUUAAUUUUAUUUAUCGCUGUCGGCCAAUUAAAAAUGGAUGUCCGGCUGCAAUUUUCCCCCAGGCUUUAGUUUGGACACCCCUGAUGGAAACUGAGAAACUGAUGAUGUUUGAUUACAUAUUAGGUGCUUCAUUUUGGUUAUUUAAUGUCAUUAUGCUUAAAUUUUCCUCUUUGCUUCUUCUCUUGAAAGGCUUCCAUUUAGAGGCUAUUUCAGUAACUUUGCGACCGCUGGCAAAGGCCAACAUGAGGCCUCUUCUCAUUUAGCUAAAUGCAACCAUAGAGAAUGAGGUAACAAAACCAGAGACUACAGGACAUGUCCAAAUCUGAAAUAUAUACACUAGAGGUGUCAAGAUUAAUCCUGAUCAGUUAAGGUCUGUAAUGAGUGCAUUAAAGUUCUUUUGCAGAUAUUAA